AUGGCUCUGUCCUGGGCCGGCGAGUAUGUUCCCAGACUCGGCGGAGACGCGCUCGGGAUGGACCCCGCCAGCCUCGCUGCCUACUACCCCCCUUUCUGCCCUCCUGGCCAGUACGUCGAGGAGGCCCCCGACUUUUCCCAGGCCCUGAAAUCCCUGGACGGGCUGGUCCCCGCCUCCCCGCCUCUGCCCCCCUUAAGCUUCAGCAGGGUCCCCUCUUCCCUGAGCCAGCCGCCCCUCCUGCCCCCCGAGCCCUUACCCGGCUUCCCCUUCCUCCUCUACGGCACGCCGCCGGCCCCCGUCCCUCCCGGGGAGGGCUCGCCCCGCCAGGGGCAGAGCUGCAGGUACCACUUCACCGAGGAGCAGCUCAACGCGGUGCUGUACGGGGCGCUCCAGAGCAGCCAGCUGGCCGGGAGCCUCCACGCCAUCUCGGGGCUCCGGGUGCCCCCCGCCAGCCCAGGUAAGGGGGUCUCCGGCGUGUGCGCAAGGUGCUUCGGCCGCCUCCUCCUCCUCCGCCCCGCUGCCCGACAGGGACUCGCUGCAGCUGCCUGAAGGUAGGGACCCGGCGGCCCGCGCCCCGCGCCGCGCCCGGGCCGCGCUCAGCCCGCCCUGUCCCCCGCAGGGCUCUCGGUGCUGCGGGUGGCCUACGGGGACGUGUCUCAGCUCGGAGUCUUCUGCACGGACCCCAUCCCCAAAGGAGUCCGCUUCGGCCCUUUCCAAGGCAAAGUGGUCAACACCAGCGAGAUCAAGACUUACGACGACAAUUCGCUGAUGUGGGAGAUCUUUGAAUACGGUCGCCUGAGCCACUUCAUCGACGGGAAGGGCACCUCUGGCAACUGGAUGUCCCUGGUGAACUGUGCCAGGUUCCCCGAGGAGCAGAAUUUGACAGCUAUCCAGUGCCAGGGGCAAAUCUUCUACGAGACCUGCAAGCAAAUCUUGCCGAAGCAGGAGCUGCUGGUGUGGUACGGCGAUUGCUACGUGCAGUUCCUGGGCAUCCCCAUCAGCCUGAAGGGCAUGCCGGAGGGGAAGAGAUCCCUGCAGCACCCGGAAGAAGCCGGAGAGAGCUUUAAGUGUGAGCGCUGCGGCAAGGUGUUUGCCUACAAGUACUACCGGGACAAGCACCUCAAGUACACUCGUUGCGUGGACCAGGGGGACCGCAAAUUUCCUUGUCACCUUUGUAACCGAUCCUUUGAAAAAAAGGACAGGCUGAGGAUCCAUAUUCUCCACGUUCACGAAAAACACAGACCUCACAAGUGCUCAGUGUGUGGGAAGACCUUUUCUCAGUCCUCCAGCCUGAACAAACACAUGAGGGUUCACUCCGGGGAGCGCCCCUACAAAUGUGUCUAUUGCAACAAGGCGUUCACGGCAUCCAGCAUCCUGCGCACGCACAUCCGCCAGCACUCUGGGGAGAAGCCCUUCAAGUGCAAGCACUGUGGCAAAGCCUUUGCCUCACACGCAGCCCACGACAGCCACGUGCGGCGCACGCACAACAGCGAGAAGGGCUGCACUUGCUCAGUGUGUGGCCAGCACUUCCGAGAGCAGGAAGAUUGCCACUUCCACAUGAAGAUUCAUGCUGCUCAUUAG